GAGAGAGAGAGAGAGACGGGCGGAGGGGAUCGAGAAACACGCCGGCGAAAGCCCAGCGUGUCGCGCGCCAAAAUGAUAAGAGCGUGGAUGGCGGGUACUAAGCGUGUCGGGGUUUGGUUACAGAGGAGGUGGUGUCCCAGCGCGCGCCGUGCCACGACGACAACGAGGUGCCACCGAGAAAGAAGAAGACAAAGACAAUGUCGCGCACUAGACCGUGGGACCCGAAGAGCACUAAGGUCGGCACGGGCGGAUCGCUUUCGCCGGCGGUGUCGUCGUCCUCCUCCUCCUCCUCCUCCUCCUCCUCCUCCUGCUCACCAUCACCAUCACCGUCAACAUCGCGUUUGGCGUACGCGGGGUCGGCUCCGGUCGCUCCGUUGUUGCGACCGGCCACGUUUCACUAUGGCGGUCUAGGGGAGGAGGAGGAGGAGGAGGAAGAAGAAGAGGCCGAGGAAGAAGAGCAAGAUGCCGAGGUGGAUAACGACUCGACCGCCCGAACGCUCGCAGACGAGGAGCGGUACUCGGAGGAUCAGGAGGACGAAACGAUGGGGUUGCGGGCCAUAGGUGUUUCGCGGAAGAGGAGCACGACUACGAAACGGCGUUGCGACUCUGCCAGGACGGCGGCUCGCAAGGCCAGUCGAACCGUCGAGAGGGAGAGGAAGAAGCAGGCGCUGAACCGGGAGAGGAAGAAGCGGGCGCUGAACCGGGGCGGGGGACUUGGGAGCUUCGGCAAGAGGACGACGACGCCGGCUGUGUUGCAACAGUCGAUCAUAAGGUGGCGUUCAUGA